AUGAGCGCCAAGGUCGUCACGCGCGCCGCCGUCGCCGCGCCGCCGGGCGUCUCCGCGGACACGGUGAACGACGCGAUCAACACCGUGCGAUUUUUGGCGAUCGACGCGAUCAACAAGUCCAACUCCGGUCACCCCGGCUUGCCGAUGGGCUGCGCGCCGAUGGGCUACGUGAUUUUCCGCGAAGCGAUGACGCACAACCCGAAGAACACGAAGUGGUUCAACCGCGAUCGAUUCGUGCUGUCCGCGGGACACGGGUGCAUGCUGCAGUACUCUUUGAUGCAUUUGACCGGUUACCCGAGCGUUUCGAUUGAAGACAUCAAGCAGUUCCGUCAGUGGGACUCCAAGACCCCGGGUCACCCGGAGAACUUCAUCACCGACGGCAUCGAAGUCACCACGGGCCCGCUCGGUAUGGGUAUUUGCAACGCCGUCGGUCUCGCGAUGGUCGAGAAGCACCUCGCCGGUCGAUUCAACAAGCCGGAUUGCGAAAUCGUCGAUCACUACACGUACUGCGUCAUGGGCGACGGCUGCAACAUGGAGGGCAUGUCCGGCGAAGGCGCGUCCCUCGCCGGUCACUGGGGCCUCGGCAAGUUGAUUGUCUUCUAUGACGACAACCACAUCUCCAUCGAUGGUCACACCGACAUCUCCUUCACGGAAGACGUCGUCGCGCGCUUCAACGCGUACGGCUGGCACACGCAACACGUCGAGAACGGUAACACCGACGUCGACUCGAUUCGCGCCGCCGUCAACGCCGCCAAGGCUGACCCGCGCCCGUCGCUCAUCAAGGUGACCACCUUGAUUGGCUACGGUUCCCCGAACAAGUCCAACACCCACGACGUGCACGGCGCGCCGCUCGGUAAGGAUGAAACCGCCGCGACUCGCGAAAACUUGAAGUGGAAGUACGGCGAAUUCGAAGUUCCGGAAGCCGUCAAGGCGUACAUGGAUUGCUCCGAAAAGGGCACCGCCGCCGAAGCCGAAUGGAACGCCAAGUGGGCCACCUACAAGAGCAAGUACGCCGAAGAUGCGGCCGAGCUCGAGUCCAUCAUGUCCGGCAAGUUGCCGUCUGGCUGGGAAAAGUCUCUCCCGACGUUCACGCCGGAGGACAAGGGUGUCGCCACGCGCAUCCACUCCCAAACCAUGCUCAACGCCCUCGGUGGCGCGAUCCCGGGUUUCAUGGGUGGUUCCGCCGAUCUUGCGCCGUCCAACAUGACGUUGAUGAAGCAAUUCGGUGACUUCCAAAAGGACACCCCGGCCGAGCGCAAUGUUCGCUUCGGCGUCCGCGAGCACGGUAUGGGUGCCAUCGCCAACGGCAUGAAGCUCCACUCCCCGGGUAUCAUUCCGUACUGCGCGACCUUCUUCAUCUUCACCGACUACAUGCGUUGCGCCAUGCGCAUCGCCGCGCUCUCCCAAGCCGGUACCAUCUUCGUCAUGACGCACGAUUCCAUCGGCGUCGGCGAGGACGGCCCGACUCACCAGCCGAUUGAGCACGUCGCGUCCUUCCGCGCCAUGCCGGGUAUGGACAUGGCUCGCCCGGCCGACGGCAACGAGACCGCCGCCAUGUACAAGAUGGCUGUCGAAAACUCGAUGAACGGUGCCCCGACUACGUUGGCGCUCUCCCGCCAAGUCGUGCCGAACCUUGCGGGUACCUCCAUGGAAGGCGCCGCCAAGGGUGCGUACGUCGUCCAAGGCGCCGCCGCUGGCGAAGCGUGCGACGUGAUCCUCAUCGGUACCGGUACCGAACUCGAACUCGCGUGCCAAGCUGGUGCCGAGCUCGAAUCUAAGGGUAAGAAGGUUCGCGUUGUCUCCAUGCCGUGCUGGGAAGCCUUCGAGCGCCAACCGGCCGCCUACCAAGAGUCCGUCUUGCCGGCUGCCAUGCGCGCGAAGACCGUCUCCAUCGAGGCGGGCACCACGUUCGGCUGGGCUAAGUACGCCGGCGCUUCCAUCGGACAUGACGAUUUCGGCGCUUCGGCACCGGCCCCGAUUCUGUACAAGCAGUUCGGAAUCACUGCCGAUGCCAUGGCCGCGAAGGCGAUGUCGUUGUAA